UCCCACUCCCCUUUGCGCGCCUAGAAUGUGACGCACUACUUCAUGUAAACCUUUCAUAUAGUGACUCGCAUGAAAUUUUUUUUAUUAGCGCCUGGGGACGAGGCAGGUUAUUAUACAGCUCAGUGGCUACAAAACAAAACAAAAAACAUGGACGAGUUUUCUCCUGGCGAGAAAAGAUUGUAAGAAUAACUGUGCAUAGUACAGCUAGUUUCUAUAUUUUUGUUUUAAUUUAUACUAGAGAGGUUAUACUUCUGGUUUAUUUGUUCAGGCAUUCCGAGAAAAAUUCCAAUGUUUCCAAAAAUUCGUCCAAAAAGUACCAAUUAAGAGCUGAUGUGAAGCAAAAGAUUAAACAACGAUUGCAUCGAGAUAAACCCAAAGAGGAUUGCACUAACAACCGUACAGGUACUGGAUAUAAAUCCUAUAAUGUAUUAAAGGUCUUAUUCAGGUGUUAUAUAAGGGGAAAUAUCCAUGUCAUGAUGUCAUGCAUAAAAAACCAAUUAUAUGGUAUAUAUAAAUUACGAAGUGACUAUAUGACCGGCAGCCGGUCACGGUUUAUAAUAACCUGAGUAUCAGGCUCUAUUUUACAAAUAGAGCCUGACACAAAACUUAACCUGAUCGCUUUCCGCCCACAGCAAAGUUUAUAUUUAGUAUCCAAUCAAAAUGUCGCAGGAGAAAUUUAAAUUUAACACAACGACAACAACAAUCUAAUUAUAGCAUAGCAGCCCACUAUUAAAACGGCUGAAUUUAAAUUAAAACUGCAAUGAACUUAUAAAAUUAACAAAAAUGAUCACAAAUUAGCGAAAUAUAUUGCAAAUGUAGCUUAUAUUAAAUCGCCACCCGAUUGCUCUCUCUUCCGCAGAGGUUUCAGUGACUACAAUGAGCUUUACAUGGCGCUUGCCGUAUUUAUCAACAAACAGUGACGUAUAAUUACAAAGUAUAUAUAUUAAGUAUACUUUAUAACUAUACGUCAGUCGAUAGUGCAAUCUGAUGGCGAGUUAAUAUAAGCUACAUUUGCAAUAUAUUUUGCUAAUUUGCGAUUAUUUUCUAAUUUUACUGCAGUUUUAAUUUAAAUUCAGCCGUUUAGUGGGCCGGCUAUAAUUGUAGUUGUGAUCGUUAUAAAAUAUAUCAACAACAAUAGUAUAAUCUAAUUAGCACCAGCCAAUCAAAUGACAGAUUUAAAAAUCGUUUGUCUAAUCGGCCAAUCAGCGAUCAGUCCAGAUUCUGGACUGAACAACCAGGCAAAAUGCCACUUUUGUGUCAGGCCGUACUUUUCUCCCUUUCGCCCACGAUCAGGCGUGCCUGUGCCCUAAAAAGUACGGCCUGAUACUCAGGUUAGGUUUAUAAAAUACUAAAUGGCUGGCAGUCUAGUGACUAUUGUUAAAGUUUAAUUUUUAUAAGAUAAACCUAUCCCAACCCCAAACCCGGCUAAAUUGCAGAAUACCCGUCCACUAGUUAUAUCAUAUCAUGUAGCCACUAUUUCACUGGAUACGCGGAUACGCGGUCAGUACUUGUUAUAGUAUAAUAUUUCAGAUAGAUCAAAUUCUCAUGUUACAGGUAGCUAUAUAUAGUUAAGCGAUCAAAAAUGGUCAGCGGAUAACUGGUUGACUGUGUAUCCGCGUAUCCACUAAAAUAUAGAGCUACCUAUAUAUAGCAUGAGAAUUUGAUCUAUUAAUGCUAAACUCACUGUAUGCAUGCCUCGUUCUCAAAAUAACUAACUCACUGCGUAUCCACGUAUCCGCGUAUCCACUAAAAUAUACAGCUAUAUAUAUAACAUGAGAAUUUGAUCUAUUAAUGCUAAACUAACUGUAUGCCUCGUUCUCAAAAUUACUCGUCGACUGCGUAUCCACGUAUCCGCGUACCACUAAAAUAUGUAGCUACCAAUAUAGCAUGAGAAUUUGAUCUAUUAAUGCUAAACUCACUGUAUGCAUGCAUCGUUCUCAAAAUAACUAACUCACUGCGUAUCCACGUAUCCGCGUAUCCACUAAAAUAUACAGCUAUCUAUAUAACAUGAGAAUUUGAUCUAUUAAUGCUAAACUGAAUGUAUGCCUCGUUCUCAAAAUAACUAACUCACUGCGUAUCCACGUAUCCGCGUAUCCACUAAAAUAUGUAGCUACCAAUAUAGCAUGAGAAUUUGAUCUAUUAAUGCUAAACUCACUGUAUGCAUGCCUCGUUCUCAAAAUAACUAACUCACUGCGUAUCCACGUAUCCGCGUAUCCACUAAAAUAUACAGCUAUCUAUAUAACAUGAGAAUUUGAUCUAUUAAUGCUAAACUAGAACUGUAUGCCUCGUUCUCAAAAUAACUAACUCACUGCGUAUCCACGUAUCCGCGUAUCCACUAAAAUAUACAGCUACCUAUAUACCAUGAGAAUUUGAUCUUUAAUGCUAAACUAGAACUGUAUGCUUCCUUCUCAAAAUAAAACCUGAUGUAAUUGGUCAGCUGAUUAAAACAUCGUAUCCACGAUGUUUGAAAGGCAUAGCUUAAAAAAUGGACGGGUAUUCUGCAAUCGCUCCCCAAACCCUUUUCUAACCCUAACCCCUAACCCUAACCUUUUGAGAGUUAGAAAAGUCGGGAAAAAAAGUUUAAAAAAUUUUAAGAAAAAACAAUGCUAAGUCAGACAAAACACAUCGCGACCACGACUGCGCUUAACUUUCCGCACCCAGCGCCCCUGCCGUAUGGCUAGCGGUAAGCUCGGUAAAAGUUAACGCAAACAAAAGUUUUUAUAUUCAACUAUAGUCACUAGACUGCCGGCCAUUUAGUAUUUGAUAAACCGUGACCGGCUGCCGGUCAUAUAGUCACUUUGUAUAAAUUAAUAUAAUGAUUUGAACUGUCUGUGCCUGACAAUAAGGCGUAAAAAAAAUACCUGUGGUUCCGGUUUCAUAUCAUGAAAAAAUUAGGGUCGGUAGGUUGGAAAUAAUUUUUUUUUUCAAUAUUUUUUUCAUGGUUUUGGCGGUUUUUUACUGGGCGAUUUGCAGUAGAGUCCCGACAUCAAUAUUAACUAGAGAUGCGUAUUUCCUAUGGACGAAUUUAGGCAAUUUGGUCACUGACCUGUGAAUUUGGUUCAAUAAUUAGUGUGACAACAGAUCGCCAUUUUGGCACGCUGUAUGAGCAGCCCGCAACCUUGGAAAUGUCUUGGAAAUUUUUACGCUUUACUGUACCCAAGCAAUCAAUGAACGCAUACUCCAUCAAACAGUGCUGUAAUGUGCCCUAUCUCCUAAUUUAAUUUUAAAAUACACAUCAGAUUGUGCAUUGUGUGUAAUAUUUUAUUCAAGGUAUUACAUUACCAACUGCUAAUACUGGGAGAAAAAACCUAUCAAAAUGUAAUACAACAAUCAACAAAGGAUCAUGCAUAGCUAAGGUUGCUGAAAAAUUAUGGAAUAUGAAAAGAAACCCACAUUUAUAUAAUGAAAAAUAUCCUUUUUAUUUAUGCGACAGGUAAUACUGUUUACAUCUUCAUUGUACCCAGGGCCUCUGGUGCCAUGGAGAUGUCAGCCUACAAAUUGACAUACCCAUAUGUGAUAUGGUCCAAAAAUUUAGUGAAAGUUUCCAUGAUAUUAAUGGUGUGCAGCAUAUAAUAAUAAGGAAUAUUAGAAAAAAAAUUCAGUCUGUCAAAAUUAGAAUUUGUACCUCAAAACUGUAUAAACAAAACUUCUUUUCUCUCGCAUGCAUUUUGAUCUUUGCCUUUAAAAAUACAGCAACUUAUCUUACUCUGAAUAUGUUAUAAUAUCAAGUCUUUUAUAAGAUAAGGUCCAUUUCCAAUAACAUAAAACUAUAUAAUAUUUUCCUUGACUGUUUAUCAUAUUCGUGUAUGCUGGUCGUGUUCCGUGUUUUCUGAAGCGAAACAUAAAGAAGGUUGACAAGGAGAAUAGAACAAGAUACACAAGACCGAUUAAACGUAAAAAGUCCAGUACCUUAUUUCGCAAUAGAAAAGCUAAAAAGUCCACAAAAGAAUUUUACUUUAGGUUUAUUAAGCAUAAAAAUUCCAAACGUCCUGCUAGCGGAUGGAUUGACAAUGACCGGGUUAAAAGAUUAUGUUUAGAGCCACAGGAUAGCCAUGGUAAGCCUGGUGGAAGAAUUGGCAAGGAUCCAGCUAAAACUGUUAAACAUCUUGCUGAUGGAAAGACGGAUAAUGAGAGACUAUGUAGAAACCUACAAAAACAGACAGUGGAGAAAACAGAUAAACAUAAUCGUCACAAUGAUUACCCUAACUCGUUUUCAAUCCAAAAAGAUUCUGACUCAGUCUUCGAGUGUGAUUCUAAUACAGAAGAAUUUUCGCCCCAGACUGAAGAAAUUUUGACUGAUGCAUUAAACGAUCGAGAAGAGUCCAGCCAUGAAAGAUAUGUGUUGAAUAGUGGCUCUUACGUGAUUCAAAGUAACCAGUCAAGAACGAUCAACCAGGAAAGUUUGAGCUUGGAAUUUAAGGAGAGCCAGAGGAUUUGUAAACCAACAUCGUCUGAACUGUCGGAUAAAGAAAAUGAGUUUUUUCCAAAAGGUUGGUAUCCAAAACACUGUGAAUCGAAGAAUGGUUCUCAUGAUGAAAGUAGUCGGCCCAAGACCUGGUUAUCUUUUAACAAAAGUGGAGGAACAAUCAACCUGGAUUAUAACGAGAGUCGAAGCAUUUUCAAGGCAACGAGUAACCGGGAGGAUAAUUCUGAAGCAUCUAAAAUAAAUAUGGUCCGGAAAUAUCCAAGUGAAAAUUCAAGACAAGUUAGAUCACCUACUAGCAAUAAAGAAAAGUGUACAAGGGAGUUAAGGGUAUCUCUAAUGGACUGCUUUGCGAACUUGUUGCAUACAAGGCAAAAUUUGAGUCGGGGCUUUUUUCAGACCACAAGUACCCCUAGGGCUAUAAGAGUGCCAACCAAAUCCCAGGAGGUACCAACAUCUCCUAUAACUCCUAGGGUACCAACUUUGCAUAUGACCCCAAGAGUACUAACAUCACAUACAAUCCCGAAGGUACCAACAUCAGCUAUAACUCCGAGGGUACCAACCUCGCAUAUUACCGCGAAAGUUCCGAAGUUGCAUAUAACCCCAAGGAUGCCAACGGCUAUAACCCCACCCGAAACGGAGGACGAAAGCUCGUUUUUCACGCAGAAAGAGCAGUUUGAAAAAGAUAAAUUUCGGGGUAGUUCAAAAGAGAACAAUGAGAAAGCUACUGAGGGAAUUGUAUACAAGCCAUUGUUUUCAAACAAGCCACGAUUGUGGAAAUCUGUCGUGGUAGAGAAUGAUAGUUAA